GAUUGGCCGGCAGGGCGCGCGCCUGGGCAUGGGGCGUGGCCGAGCGCCGUCGGGGCCGCCCGUUAACCGGUGCUGAGGCGGCUCCGCGCUCCUUCCUUCCUUCCUUCCUUCCUUCCGCUUCCGCCGCCGGGCCAGACCAUGACGGCCCCCGGAGCGCCCGCUGGGCCGCCGCCGCCAGGGAAGGUGCUGGGGCUGCCGGGGGGCGGCGCACAGGAGAGUACGCGGAUUGUGAGGCUGAAGAUCAUAGCUGGGAUAGACCUGGUCAAGAAGGAUAUAUUGGGAACGAGUGACCCGUAUGUGAAAGUGACCGUCUAUGACUCAGCGCACGGCAUCCUCACCACUGCUCAAACCAGGACUGUCAAGAAGACCUUGGACCCAAAGUGGAAUGAAGAAUUUUUCUUCCGGGUCAAUCCUCAGAGGCACCGGAUGUUCCUGGAAGUAUUUGAUGAGAACCGCUUGACAAGAGAUGAUUUCCUUGGCCAAACGGAUAUUCCUCUCUGCCAGCUGCCAACAGAGAACCCAGCUACUGAGCGACCGUACACAUUUAAAGAUUUUGUUCUUCACCCACGGAGCCACAAGUCCCGGGUGAAAGGGUUCCUCAGGCUCAAGAUGACGUACUUGCCUCAAAGCCCCGGCCCAGAAGAAGACGGCCCAGAGCCAGCCGAAGAGCUGGAGCCUGGCUGGAUCAUUGUGGACCAACCGGAGGCCUCGUGCCAGCUGCAGGAGCCCGAGGCCCCCCUCCCGCCGGGCUGGGAAGAGAGGCAGGACUUGCUCGGCAGGACUUACUACGUCAACCACGAAUCCAGGAGAACGCAGUGGAAGAGGCCGAGCCCCCAGGACAGCCGAGCCCCCGCGGAGAGCGACCGCACCCACCUGGAAGCGCAGCAGGCCUUUGCCCACCGGCAUCAGAUCACGGAGGAGGCCGAGAGCCUGGACAGCAGAGAAUCCCCCGAGAGCUGGGAAAUCAUAACAGAAGAUGAAGCGACUCUCUACAGCAACCAGAGCCCUGAGGCAGCCGCUCUGCAGGGCCACGCGGAGGCCGAGGCCCCGUCUGUCGAAGACCUGAGUGCCCAACUGACCUCCACGGCCUUCUGCACUAGUGACUCCCGAAGGAGCGGCAGCCAGCAAACGUACUCCCUGGAGGAACGCCCGGUGCUGCCCGUGUUACUCCCCACUUCAAGCGGGCUGCCCCCUGGCUGGGAAGUCAGAACAGACGACAAAGGCCGGCCUUACUACAUCGACCACAACUCCCAGACCACCAGCUGGCUGAAGCCUGCAGCCCUCCAGGCGGGAACAGAUGGGAAUCCCCCCCCUGCGGCCCUCGCUCCAAGUUCUUCGCAGGGGCACCUGGCCGCCUCGCAGGACUCAUCCCGGCAGCAGCAGCCCGGUCCUCCUCCGCUGCUGCCGGCAGUCAGGGACCCGGGGCCCCUCCCAAAGGGCUGGGAAGUCCGCAACGCGCCGAGUGGGAGACUUUUCUUCAUUGACCACAACGCCAAGAUGACCACCUGGGAGGACCCCAGACUGAAAAUGCCCCCUCCCGUGAGAAGAAAGCCCUCUUUGGACCCUGGGGAGCUGGGCCCCUUGCCGCCCGGCUGGGAGGAGAGGAUCCACACGGAUGGACGGCCCUUCUUCAUCAACCACAAUGCCAAAACAACCCAGUGGGAAGACCCUCGCCUCCAGGGCGCAGGAAUCACCAAGCCAGCUGUUCCAUAUUCCAGAGAUUACAAACGGAAGUACGAGUUCUUCAGGAAGAAGCUGAAGAAACCGAGCGACAUCCCCAAUAAGUUUGAGCUGAAACUUCGCCGGAACAGCAUCCUGGAAGAUUCCUACCGCAGGAUCAUCGCAGUGAAGAAAGCGGAGUGCCUGAAGGCCAGGCUGUGGAUCGAAUUCGAAGGGGAGAAAGGCCUGGACUACGGAGGGGUCGCCCGGGAGUGGUUCUUCCUGCUCUCCCGGGAAAUGUUUAACCCCUACUACGGCCUCUUUGAGUAUUCGGCUGCGGACAACUACACGCGGCAGAUCAACCCGAACUCGGGGCUGUGCAACGAAGACCACCUCUCCUACUUCAAGUUCAUCGGCCGGGUGGCAGGAAUGGCUGUGUAUCAUGGGAAGCUGCUGGACGGUUUUUUCAUCCGGCCUUUUUAUAAGAUGAUGCUGCAGAAGCCGAUCACGCUCUGUGACAUGGAGUCUGUGGACAGCGAAUACCACAGUUCUCUGAAAUGGAUUCUCGAAAACGACCCCACAGAACUGGACCUCCGGUUCGUGAUCGAUGAAGAGCGUUUUGGGCAGACUCAUCAGCAUGAACUGAAAAGUGGGGGCUCUGAUCUGGUGGUCACCAACGAGAACAAGCAGGAGUACAUCUACCUUGUGAUCCAGUGGCGCUUUGUGAACAGAGUCAAGAGGCAGAUGGCUGCCUUCAAGGAGCCCCCACCCCCCCCCCCCCCCACCCCCCCCCCCCCCCACCCCCCCCCCCCCCCAACGCCCCCCCCCCCCACCCCCCCCCCCCCCCACCCCCCCCCCCCCCAACCCCCCCCCCCCCCCCCCCCCCCCCCCCCCCCCCCCCCCCCCCCCCCACCCCCCCCCCCCCCCACCCCCCCCCCCCCCCACCCCCCCCCCCCCCCACCCCCCCCCCCCCCCACCCCCCCCCCCCCCCACCCCCCCCCCCCCCCACCCCCCCCCCCCCCCACCCCCCCCCCCCCCCACCCCCCCCCCCCCCCACCCCCCCCCCCCCCCACCCCCCCCCCCCCCCACCCCCCCCCCCCCCCACCCCCCCCCCCCCCCACCCCCCCCCCCCCCCACCCCCCCCCCCCCCCACCCCCCCCCCCCCCCACCCCCCCCCCCCCCCACCCCCCCCCCCCCCCACCCCCCCCCCCCCCCACCCCCCCCCCCCCCCACCCCCCCCCCCCCCCACCCCCCCCCCCCCCCACCCCCCCCCCCCCCCACCCCCCCCCCCCCCCACCCCCCCCCCCCCCCACCCCCCCCCCCCCCCACCCCCCCCCCCCCCCACCCCCCCCCCCCCCCACCCCCCCCCCCCCCCACCCCCCCCCCCCCCCACCCCCCCCCCCCCCCACCCCCCCCCCCCCCCACCCCCCCCCCCCCCCACCCCCCCCCCCCCCCACCCCCCCCCCCCCCCACCCCCCCCCCCCCCCACCCCCCCCCCCCCCCACCCCCCCCCCCCCCCACCCCCCCCCCCCCCCACCCCCCCCCCCCCCCACCCCCCCCCCCCCCCACCCCCCCCCCCCCCCACCCCCCCCCCCCCCCACCCCCCCCCCCCCCCACCCCCCCCCCCCCCCACCCCCCCCCCCCCCCACCCCCCCCCCCCCCCACCCCCCCCCCCCCCCACCCCCCCCCCCCCCCACCCCCCCCCCCCCCCACCCCCCCCCCCCCCCACCCCCCCCCCCCCCCACCCCCCCCCCCCCCCACCCCCCCCCCCCCCCACCCCCCCCCCCCCCCACCCCCCCCCCCCCCCACCCCCCCCCCCCCCCACCCCCCCCCCCCCCCACCCCCCCCCCCCCCCACCCCCCCCCCCCCCCACCCCCCCCCCCCCCCACCCCCCCCCCCCCCCACCCCCCCCCCCCCCCACCCCCCCUCUCGAAUGGGCAGAGUCCUGCACUGGAUGCUGCUGAGAACGACUCCACACCGACUCCCGUUCCUCUCCUGGCUGCAGUCUCUGUGCCCCCCCCCCCUCUGCUGUGGGAAAGGGUGCACGGGGGGCUGGAAAGAGGGCUGUUGGUCCUGGGCUCUGUUGGAGUGUGUCCUGGAGGGCCCUGGUCUUGGGUGCUUCUAGCCAUGAUGGGUGCGGAAGAGUGCUGGGAAUUGCCGUGGCAAAAGGGAGAGAUGGGAGCAAACCGGGGCAGGGGAGCCCAGCCUCAGACGGUUUGGGAAGGCAGCCACGCUGGUCUACAGGGGAACAGAAGCCCCUCGGAAGCCGACAAGAUUUUGCGGGAGUGA